UGACGCUGGGACCAGACCCGGAGCCUUUUCUCAACUCAGCAAAUUCUGGCGAGUUUUCCGGCAAGUUACGGCUGUUCGGAGCUGAGCUUCGCCAACGCUCUGUCGCCCAAACGGCCCAAGGGUCCGACGUGUAGACCCUGCCCUCCAUGUGCUGGAUGAGGGUCAGUUGUACGCAGUACGGAGUAGUGUAGUGUCAUGUCGUGAAUCGUGAUGGGCUCCUAUGGACUCGAAGGGCCAUAUGGCAUGGCUGGGGCGGUCAGCCCAAGAAGCGCACCUCAAGCAGCCCGUCUUUUCUUUUUUGUUCCCCCGCUGCCCUGAGGAUGCAACGUUCCUCCGCGCUCUAGCUCAUCGCUCGCUAGAUUGAGGAUUUUUUUUUUUUUUUUUUUUUUUUUUUUUUUCUGGACGUUUUCCUAGUUCCCUGGCGGUAGCCUCACGCCCACUCAUGGCAUGACAUCCCCAUGGAGGGCGUUUCAUCCAUGCAACCAUUAACGAGCUUCCAACGACCGGUUUCUAUUUUUUCUCCUCGCGAAGACGCACGGUGCCUUUAAAUGCUCAAGCGAGAAAUGACGCGUAUGGUUAGCGAGCCGGGACUUUUUUGCUUUCUUCGCUACGGGUGGGUUGUAUCCACCUGUCAUCGUAAUUAUAUGUUGCUCAUAUUAAUAUUUUCCACUUUGAUGUCCCACCAUACAACGGCCAUCACGUCGGAGCAGCCUUUGUUCUCGCUUGUCUUCUCGGCUGGCACCACAGAUUAUAGGCUUCCGUCUCGGAAUGCAUGGACGCCAGUCUCGCUCCGUCCAGAGGCCCAGGGCCUCAGGACAUCCUCUCUCGCCUCGCCCUGAAGGAUGAAUAAUCCGACUGCCAUAGUCAACUAUGGGACAAUUCCGGGAUCCAGGAUUUGUCAAUAAUCAGAUCAAACGUGUCUGUCCCCAGGCGCUUCCUAUGCAAGCCCCAAAUAUAUGGACCUUGGGGUUUCCUUGGUUCUCAACCAAUCCAUGCCUACCCGUCCGAAAAUUGCUGGGCAUAUAUCAUGAUUUUAUUAUACUUUGUCUAUAUCCAUAUCUUCCGCGAGCGUUCAAGCAAUUGAAGUAUACAUUUUUAUUUUUAUUUUUAUUUUUUUUUAUAAAAACAUCUCCAUGAGGAAAUGACCCUCUACAUCCUGGAAUCUGAGACUAAAACCCGCCCGGAUCUUGCGAUGUUCCAAACCUUGAUCCAACCUAUAUUUCCUUCUGCUCGAGUCCUAGACUAUAAGUCUUUCAAUGAUAACGUCUAUCCACGUUACCUUCUCAAGCUCUCCAAUGGACUCGAGCUCACCAUGAAGGCUGGUCCCAGGCCACUCUCCACGCUGCUACGUCAAGAAAAACACUCGCUGAGGACAGAGGCGGCUGUGCUUUCGUUGCUGGCCUCACGAAACAGCCCAUAUAUCCCCCGUCUCUUCAGAUUCGAUGCCCUGAAAUUUGACCCGAAAACACCAUUUCUCCUGAAGCAGUCACUCGGCGGAGUGCCACUUAGUGAGAUUGAACCGUCGUCCCUUAGCUCCGCGGAUCGAAACCGUAUAGAUGAGCAACUGGGACGGACAGUGAAACUCCUCGGCCAAUUCACAUCCACCCAGUUUGGCAAUGUCCAUUCCGUUUCCCAGGGUGAGGGAAGGCAGAGCUGGAGACGUGCUUUCCUAGUUUUCAUUGAAUAUAUCCUGUGCGAUGCCGAAGAUAUGUUCAUUUCACUGCCAUAUGCUCAGAUCCGCCACGAUGUCAUGCGGCUUAGCCCGGCUCUAGAUGGCGUUACGGAGCCCCGCCUGGUUGUUGUGAAUCUUGGAGACAGUUCGAAUAUCCUUGUCGACCGGGACACGAAGGAUGUGACGGGAUUUGUUGAUUUCAGUGACGCUGCAUGGGGGGAUGUUAUGAUGGCAGAGAUCUUCGAGGAUCCAUCCGCAGCUCUAUUGAAUGGGUACGGGUCGAGCCAGAUGCAGAUGGACGAUGAGUUACUACGUAUACGCUUACUUUUGUAUUCCUGCUACCGCCAAAUACGUAUAAUUGUGAAGCAAUACUACCGCAACUGGCAGGACGAUGAGGAAAUGCAUGCUCGAAGAAAAUUAACGACGGUCCUCGCACAAAUGGCUGCGUUGAGCUGUUGUUAACAAUCAUGAUCUGUUGUUUGAAAUCUGCUAAUUUUUUUU